AUGGUGCACACUGCAAAAGCUGAACAGCCACUUCUCUUCACUCCACUUCGCAUUGGAAAUGUGACGCUGAAGAAUCGCAUCUGCAUUUCGCCGAUGUGUCAGUACUCCUGUGAGGAUGGCUUCGUUACCGACUGGCACCUUGUCCACCUGGGGGCAAGAGCUAUUGGUGGUGCUGCUCUGGUGAUGAUGGAGGCGACUGCUGUAGAGGAAAGAGGUCGAAUCAGUCAGUUCUGUCCGGGCAUCUGGAAGGAUGAGCACAUGCAGCCAAUGAAGCGAAUCUGCCAGUUCAUCAAGACGCAGAACUGCAUUCCAGCUAUUCAGCUGGCUCAUUCAGGACGCAAGGGAAGCACCUUUCCGCCGUACAUCAGCCGAGAUGCUCUGCCAGUCGACCAGGGCGGCUGGGAUGACAUCAUCGGUCCCAGUCCAAUUGCAUUUGGCGCAGGCAAUGACCGAGUGCCGAAGGAGGCCUCACUUGAAGACAUAGCCGCUGUUCGCCGAGCCUUUGUUGCCGCCACAAAGCGAGCCAUUGAAGCGGGCUUUCAGGUCAUUGAGCUUCACUUUGCUCACGGCUAUCUGGUGCACUCCUUCUUGUCGCCCUACUCCAACAAGCGAACCGAUGAGUACGGAGGUACAUUUGAGGGAAGAACGCGAUUGGCAGUUGAACUGGUUAGAGACGUCAAGUCGGUUCUGCCAGAAGACUUUCCUCUCUUUGUUAGAAUUUCUUGCACCGACUACCUUCCUGAAGGUGAAGGCUGGGACUUGGAGCAAUCAGUUGAGCUAAGUAAGAUUUUGAAACAGCUCGGAGUGCAUCUGGUUGACUGCAGCUCGGGUGGAAAUGUAGACAAGGCAAAGAAUUAUUUCGCCUACAAUAAUGUGGACCAGAUUUCAAUGGCGGAGACCAUACAGCGAAAGGCAGACAUUCCUACUGGAGCAGCAUCAGGCGGUGACAAGCCCAAUCAGGGCGAUAAGAAGAAGAAGGAAUCAAUUGUCGACCUGGGAAAAUACCUGGACAAGCCGAUUCGCGUAAAGUUCCAAGGUGGUCGUGAAGCAACGGGAGUAUUGAAAGGCUACGACACUCUGCUGAACAUCGUGAUUGAUAGCACUACCGAAUAUUUGCGAGAUGCCGAUGAUCCCUGUAAGGUAACCGAUGACUCGAGACAACUCGGCUUGGUCGUAUGUCGAGGAACGACCAUCAUCGCCAUCUGCCCUGUUGAUGGAAUGGAAAUGAUUGCAAAUCCUUUCAUUCAAAACGAAUAG